AUGUCCGAAUUGCGCGUUAACCUUGAGAAGAUCAAAGAGGCAAAGGAACGUAUUCGCCCAUAUGCUGUUGAAACACCAUGCAACUUCGUUCCAAACCUUUCAAAGAUCACAGAUUGCCAGCUUUAUUUCAAGCUCGAGACUCUCCAGAGAUGCCGCGCAUUCAAGUUCCGUGGAGCUCUUUCUAAAAUCUCCACACUUCCAAAGGGCUCAACCAUUGUUUGCGCCUCUGCCGGUAACCAUUCACAAGGCUGCGCUCUUUCUGCCCAGAUUUGCGGUAUGAAGUGCAUUGUUUACAUGCCAAUCACAGCCCCAAUCACCAAGGUUGAUGCUACAAGAGGUUAUGGCGCUGAAGUCAGACAAUAUGGCUUCUCCUUCGAUGAAGCUAACAAGAAGUGCGCCGAGGAUCUUGCUGCCAACCCAGACUGGAUCUUUGUUCCACCAUUCGACUCAGAUGAAGUCAUUGCCGGCCAAGGUACAAUUGGUCUCGAAAUUGCUCAGCAAGUUCCAGACGUUGACACCGUUGUCGUUGCUGUUGGUGGUGGUGGUCUUGCAGCUGGUACAGCUGUUGCCAUCAAGGCUCUCUGCCCAAAGGCCAGAGUCAUUGCCGUUAACGCCGCUGUUCGUCCAGCCUCCUACCUCAAGUACAAGAACUUCAAGGGACAGGAAAUCGACCAAAAUACAACAACAAAGUUCAUUGGUAACCCACUUGCCGAUGGCAUUGCUGUCAUCAACCCAGGUAAGGUCACAUUCCCAUACAUCGAGCAGCUUGUCGAUGAUUUCGUCGUUGUUACAGAAGAUGAAAUCUCAACAGCCAUUGCUUACCUUGCUGAACGUACAAAGAUGAUCUGCGAAGGUGCUGGUGCUUCACCAUUCGCCGCAGUUCUCUUCAAGAAGUUCGAAUACCGCCCAGAUGAGAAGAUCGUCUGCGUACUCUCUGGUGGUAACAUCGAACUUCCAAUGCUCGCUCGCUGCAUUGACAGAGCUCUCUUCCUUCAACAGCGCCGUGUUAACUUCACAAUCUCCCUCCCAGUUGCUUGCGGCCAGUUCAUCAAGAUGCUCCAGAUUCUUCAGCAAUUCAAGUUCGAAGUCGUAGGAACAUUCGCCCUUCCAAAUGCAAACUGCCUUGCUAACCACAUCAGAUACUGCGUUACGGUUGAUAUACCGAAUCCAGCAUUGAUGGAGGAUGUUAAAGCUGAAUUCGAAAAGAACGGAUGGACAAUCAAUAUCACUGAAACACAUCCUCAAGAUCAGUAA